UGGUAUUCUUAACCCGGAUAUCCGGUGUUUGUUGUGCUAACUGCAGCUAGCUUGCGGCUAAACAGCGGUCCCAUCCUGGGAGUAUUUGGAGCCGUGUAGUUACGUGGAGGCAAAAGUCUACAUCGGUCUGUUCGCCGGGUUAGGACACGUCACUUCAGACAUGACUAAGCACGAGUUUGAGGUGGCCAUGACGUGUGAGGGAUGCUCAGGAGCUGUUACCAGGAUCCUGAACAAGAUGGGAGACGUGAAGUUUGAAAUUGACCUGCCGAAGAAGCUGGUUUGGAUCGAGUCUGACAAAGACGUGGAUGUUCUGAUGACGGCGCUGCAAAAGUCCGGAAAGGAGGUCAAAUACAACGGCACGAAGUGAAGGACCUGCACCAGGAAAUAAUUCUUGCUGCUGCAAACUGAAGAUUUAAGAUGAAAUUCAAGUUAAAGUCUGAGAGACCCUCAGUGAGUCUGCACCCCCUCCCAUCCAGCUGUUACGCACAGUGUGCCUCCUCUGACCUCCUGAGUUACAACAUCGUCCUCACACAAACCUGCCGAGCGUAAUCAUCUCCAAACCUUUACCUUCAGGCUUUAAAUGAAAAAAGGAAAAAGCAGCAUCUUAGAUUUAGUUUCAGCUAUGUGAUGAUGAUGACAAUAAUGAUGACGAUGAUGAUGAUGACUCCAUUUCCUGGGGUGUAAAUGAUGAAACCUGUUGGCUGUGUUUGCUGAACCUGUUUUAUUAAAUUUGUUGAUUUUAUUCAUAAAAAGACCAUUUGAAGCUUUGCUGUGUGAGGAUAUUUGGAGCUCUGCACCAUGUGGGGGUGAGGGUGGGACCACCUGCUGCACCUCCCCUCUGCUCCUCGACACUACAGUCUAUUCUCUGCUGUUUUUGUGAUUUUUAGGAAUGUAAGGAGCUCUCCUCCUCGCCCGCUGUCUCCAUAAUGCUCGAAUGUCUUAAUGCUGGAGAAAAUAAAUCAUUUCUGUCUUCAGUA